GUCAUCGACCAAGCAGAUGGUGAAAAAUUACUUGUGGAAAAUCAGAAGGAUAAGAACAAAGGGCAGACAACUGAUGAUGAUUCUACAGAACAUUCCCUUGUCUCAGAUACCGAAGAAAGAGCCAGCUCAGCAGACGAACCAGGAGAGGAGCUUCAGGAUAAAGAAAAGGCAAAUGAAGAGUCCCCAAAAGACACUCCAGAUGCAUCAGAAGAAAAUUCACAUUUGGUAAAUGAUAGAGAUGAUGAUAUUGAAAGGGAUAAUGAGGAUGUAAUUCAAGAUCCACUUAAAGACAGAGCUCAGACUGGAGUUGAUAUCCCACACAUGGAUCACUAUGGUGAAGAUUACGUGGAUGACACUUGUCCUGAGGAGAGUGGGGAGGAGUGGGGAGCACCCCCUCCCUUGUCACCCUACUGUUCCCAGGCCCUGUCUCCCCUUAUCCCAGAGGCAGGAUCAGAAAACAUGGGACCAGAGACCAGCACAACCUUCGAGGAGAGCACCAGCAAAACUAGAUCACCAGAAAAAACACCUCAGAAAACCCCAAUAACUAUGGAAUUUGACAGUGACAGCGAGUUUUCUGGACCAGAAGUCAAUUUUGAUGCAUUGAAUUCACCUGAUAUAAAUAAUCAUAAUGGAAUGGAUGAGGAAAAUAAUGAUUCUGAUGGAGACACCAAUGGUAUUGGAGGCAGUGAAUCUAACCGGUGGUUGGAGUUAGAAAAUGAUAAUGAAUUACCAAGUAUUGGUCGGAAGAGGAAAGCUCAGGAUGAUAGUGAGGAUUUUAUUUCUACACCAAAGAGAUCAAAGACAAACAAAAGCAGGGACAAAACUAAAGAAAAAGGAAAGGCCCCUGUUACACAGCCUGAUUUCAACUUUUCCAAUGAUCAGAAAGAAUCAGGGGAUGUAAAAGAAAAAACUUCAUCCCAGAUGUCCAAAGUGAGACAACUGAUGCAGAAGCUGAAAGCUAAGAAGUCUGGUGGACAGGUGGUGGAGGAGAGUCCAGAUCCUGAUAGGUCUAUUGUACCCACCAGCUCAAGUCAGGAGACAACAGGGGAUGUAUCGAGCUCCAGUCGAGCUCAGAGGAGGCUUGUAAUGGAUACCGGUAACUCGUACCAGACAGCUCAGAAUCAGGUUCAGAGAUGCAGAGACAUUUUGCAGACACUGAAGAGGGAAUUUCAGCAGUCUCCCAGAUUAACAGAGAAUCCCAGAGUAAUACAGUGGAUGAAAAACCUGCAGGAGCUUGAGUCUAGGCUGGAGCUGUCUAGGACCGUAAUAGCCGUGGUGGGGGACACAGGGUCAGGGAAAUCGUCCCUGAUGAACGCCCUACUGGACCAGCUGGACAUCCUCCCCACGUCAGGGAUGCGGGCGUGUACAGCGGUAGUGGUGGAGGUGGUCAAUAACCCGAACAGCACAAAGUACGAGGCUGACAUCACCUUCCUGUCUAAAGAGGAAUGGCACACAGAGCUCCGUCUCUUGUUGAGGGAUCUCACCGACGUGAAUGGAAAGAUCAAGAAAGGGGUUCCAGAUCCCAAGUCUGAGGCAGGGGUGGCAUUCCUGAAGAUUAAGGCCGUGUAUGGGAGGAUUGACACGUAUGAUGUACUGGUCCGUCAGUCGGUCGUAACGAGGUGGCUAGACAGAGUCCGGCCCAUUUCUAACUCAGAUCCUAAAACCUUCAGAAAUUCCAUCGAUAAAUACAUAGAAACUGCUGACCCUGGUGCUGGGGGUCAGUUUUGGCCAAUUGUAAAGAAGGUUACAAUUCGUUUACCUAACUGUGAUGCCUGCAGCAGUGGAGCAGUACUGGUGGAUCUACCAGGAGUGAGGGAUUCGAACGCAGCCCGAGACAAAAUAGCUCGAGAUCAUUUGAAGAACUGUACAGCUGUUUGGGUUGUGUCUUCCAUUCAUCGUGCCAUUGAUGAUAAGACAGCCAAGGAUCUUCUGGGAGAGAACUUCCGCAGACAGCUGCUGAUGGAUGGACAGUAUGGAAACAUCGCGUUUAUCUGUACAAAGACAGACAUCAUCAAAAACUCGGAAAUCAUCAGUCGAUUUCUUUGUGGCAAGGAGGACUCACAGGAGGUCAAAGAAAUCAAGGAAAUGCUGAAGGAAAAACAAGAGGCAAUCAGAAAAAAUAAAGAGCUGAUUCAGUCGUACCGUAAAUCUAUCACUGAAGCUGACAACACCUGUCUACAGCACGAGAUGACCAUCGGUCAGAAGAGAAAGGAACUGUCCAGUCUGUGUGCCAAGGCCAGGAAUAACUACUCCAAAAAGGAAAUCAAGAGGGACUUCAAGGCCGGACUAAGGGAGAUGAAAAGGAAGGCUGGGAUGUCUAAUGUAGAGGAGAUGGAUGAUGAUAAUUUGUAUAACAGCGAGGAUGAUGAUGAAGAUAUCGGAUCAUCAGCCGAGAACCUGAAGGUAUUCUGUGUCAGCGCCAACGAAUACCAGAAAAUGAGGAAUAUCAUCAUCGACGACGGGCCCCCCACAGUGUUUAGUACAGAAGAGGACACCCAGAUCCCAGCCUUAAGGUCGUACAUCCACCAGAUGACUGCUGUCCGACACCGCAGCAGUAUAGAGAGAAUUCUACAGAGGGUGGUUCAGUUUGUGUUUGACGUACAGAAUUACCUCAAUGAGGAUGGAACCAUCCAGACAAAGGAAAAAAAGAAGAAAUCACAAAGUGCCAUUGAGCAGAGGACACAACUCUUGUCACAGAAGUUUGAUUCCUUGAUAAGAGAUCUACAGCUGGACAUAGAGAAGGCAUUCUCCAAUCAGAUCCGACCUAAGUUAGGAAAGGGCAUCACCGAAGCCUCCAUGAAAGCCAAUGAACAAGCAGCAAAAUGGGGAUCACCGGUGAAUAAAGAGAACAAACAGGCCGGGGGGUUACAAUUCUGUGCGUACCGAGCCACGGUACAGAGACAUGGGGUGUUCCAGUCCCCCACGUAUGGACCGGUCAAUUUUAACGAGGACCUUACGGCUCCUAUGUAUUCAAGGAUAUCCAUUGUGUGGGAUAAAGUCUUCAGUGGAAUACUGUGGGGUGACUUUGAGAAGUUUAGGACAACAGUACUGACUUCACUGAAGGAGUUUAUUCAGAUCCUGAUUCAGGAUCUUCAUACACACGUUGUACAGCCCAGCAGUACACAGAGGGUACAGGCCUACAUCUUAGACAAUGCAAAGCAUCAGUUGACAGAGAUGGUGGCUGCUCUUAAAGAAUUUGUGACAGAGAGACAGAGGGAUGCCAAUCGUGUUCUGACACCUGUAGUACAGGAGAACAUGACUCCAACCUAUGACGCUUGUGCCGCAGAGAGUGGACCGGGAGCCUACCAGAGAGAUGAAGGACGGCAUGGCGGCAGGAAUCGACAGAGGGAAAAUCUAUAUGUUCAAGUAACGGAGAAAGUACGGGGAGUGUGUCGUGGUCUUUGCUCGGAUCUACAGGUGGCUUUUGAGCCCCUUUGGGAGGCCCCUGGGACCUGUGUGGAACUGCGAGACGUACUCCUACCAUGUGUUGGGGAGAUUUCACUCCAGGUGCGCACCAUAAUGGAGGAAGCCGGAGUGAGGGUACCAGUAACUAAUACAGGGCCACCUCCUGUCACAACCACCAAUAGGGCUCCUGUCCAAUCAGAAGUCACUAAUGCACAAGGAAAUCAGUGUUUCCUGUAUGUUGUUGUAGCUCCAAGAUUUCAAGGAUUCCAGGAUCGCGCCAUACUAGCAGAGUUUCCACAAAUCAUCAAAAUGUAUCCCACACCAUCACCUCAGCUAGUGUUCAAACAAAUCAGAAGUCACUAA